CGGAGGGGAUGGAAAUUGGAAUUUACAAUUACGAGGCCGUAAAAACCAGUUCUUCAUUCGUUGUUCCCAGGAGGAAGCAAACAUGCUUGACAAGCCCAAGCCACGCCACACAGGAUGGGCCGCGAAAGGGAAUUCUAGGUUUUGCAGCGCGGAUCGAAGCUCCGGAGCGGCGGCAAGGGCCCCGCCGGCUGAUCGCAGCGGGGGAGCACGCAUUGGUUCUUGUGUCACAUCGCAGCAUCGCGGCCAAUCCCGGCAUUGUGCUGGUAAUCUCCGCGCCUAGCAGCUAGCGCGCCUAGAUGCUAGCGCGCUCGCGGCGGCCUGGGAAUCGAUCACUCCCCUAGGCUAGGGUUUUCUCGUCCGAGACUGGAUUCCUAGCGCGCUCUAGUGCGCGCGUUGGCUCUUUGUGGAGCUCCAGCGCGAGGGAUUGGCACAGGGAUUUCCCGACCGAGGACAAAAGGGGCUAAAGCUAAAGGGAAGAGAGGAGGAAGAACAAGAACAAGGCAGGGAGAGAGAAAAGAAAAGAUAUUAGGCCAACACACAACACUGUCACAGAGGAGGUAUUGGCGAUUUUCUUUUGGGGAUCGAUUUGUCUCGGCAGUGGGGGUGGGGUCGUGAGAAUUGGAAAAGCUGGGACGAGGGGAAUCUUUUUUUUUCGUGAGUGGAAUGCUAAUACACACAGGAGGAAUGAUCCUAGCCACAGCAACGUUGGGUCGUCUUUUACAAGUACAAGCCACUUUUGUUGGAGUGUUAUAGAAGAGGCAGCCAGCCCAGACGCAAAAAAAAUCCAUCCUCGAGCUAUAGCAGCGGCAUUCUCUUCCAGCGACAGCGACCUCCUCCUCCUCCUCCUCCUCCUCAUCCUCUUCUCGCAGGACGAAAAGCUUUUUCAAAGCUUCUUCUUCUUGGCUCCAAAGUUCCAAGCUUUGUGAGCUCCAAGUUCCAACUUGGGAGGAGGAUUGGGCUUCAAGGAAGUUUGUCCCCGCUACAUCUCCAGUCAACUUUUACAGACAACUUCACAGAUCUGACGGGGAAAGAUGCCGCAAAGUUUGAGAUUCUCGUGCUUCGCGGCGGCACUGUGUGGAACAUAGUCGUGAGGGGGGGAUUUAAGUCGCCAUCUCUCGCCAGUAUGCAGGGGACUUUGGUGAAUUGGAGGGGUCACGCAUAUAUAUAUCAAGUGGAGAGGAGGAGAGAGGGCAGCGUAAAUAGCCGGCAUUGCCCGUGAGCUCCUCCAACAACCGCUGCCUCGUCGGCACACACUCUUUUUCUUUCGCACCGAAAGAGAUCCCGCUGCCUUGAAUUUUUCUCCGGGAGUGGGAGCCCCGCUCUGUCACAAAGCACAAAGAGCGAGCAGCGGCCAGCAGCAGCAGCGAUGAAGUACAUGAAACUUGGAUCAAAGCCGGACAUUUUCCAAAGUCAUGGCAGUGUCACGAUUGUUGUGUCAGACCUGACCAGCGAUGUCUCGGUGGAAGUCAAUGGAGCGAGGUUACUUCUCCAUAAGUUCCCUCUUCUAUCAAAGAGCGGUCGCUUGCACAAGCUUGUGGCAGAGGCCCGUGACAGUUCGAGCGAGGAAAUCCCGCUGCCGGAUUUCCCUGGCGGAGCUGAAAUCUUCGAGCUGUGUGCCAAGUUCUGCUACGGUAUCACAAUUACACUCAAUGCCUACAAUGUGGUGGCAGUCCGAUGUGCGGCCGAGUACCUCGACAUGUCCGAAAGCAUCGAAAAGGGGAACAUGAUAUUCAAGCUUGAAGUUUUCCUCAACUCCAGCAUCUUUCGCAGCUGGAAAGACUCCAUCAUCGCACUCAAGAGCACGAAAGGAUUGCUGCCGUGGUCCGAGGACUUGAAGAUUGUCAGCAGAUGCAUCGACUCAAUCUCCUCAAAGACGUCCGUGGAUCCGUCCAAGGUGGAUUGGUCUUACACCUACACGAGGAUAACUCCAGCCGAUCAAACGCCCGCAUCCGGCUCGGCAUGGAACUCAUCGCACAGCCGGAGGCUCCAGCCGGUUCCGAAGGAUUGGUGGGUCGAGGAUGUGUGCGAGCUGGAGAUCGACUUCUUCUGGAGAGUUAUGCUGGCCAUCAAGGCAAAGGGACGGAUGUCACACGAGCUCAUCGGAGAGGCUGUCCGGAUUUAUGCCUACCGCUGGUUGCCGGGGCUUUCCAAGGAGCAGAAUCUCAUCGAGAGCUCCAACAACUUAGGAGGCGGCGGCAUUGCCAACACAAGCGAUGACUUUGCGGAGACAACGGCAAAGCACAGGCUACUUUUGGAGACUAUCGUCAGCCUGCUUCCACCCGAGAAGGCGUGCACGUCGUGCAGCUUUCUCCUCAAGCUUCUAAAGGCUGCGACUAUGUAUGGUGCUGCGAGUUCCGCGAAGAACGAGCUGGCCAGGAGAGUCGGGCUCCAACUCGAGGAGGCAUCCGUCAGCGAUCUGCUUAUACCAUCGGUCUCGUAUUCGAGCGGAUCGCUGUACGAUGUGGAUCUCGUGCAGCGGAUUGUGGAGAACUUUCUCAUGCAAGACCAGAGCCCGCCGAUGAGCCCGAGCCGGGCUCGGAUAGCUCACGAGCGGAGGAGGACGAGAUCAGCAGAGAACCUGGACUUUGCGGAAAGUAGGAGGUCAACAUCGGCAACUCACAGCGCAAAGUUGCGAGUUGCGAAACUCUUGGACGGUUACUUAGCGGAGGUUGCCCGCGACGCAAACUUGCCGCUGUCAAAGUUUAUGGCGCUCGCGGAGGCCAUUCCGGAUUUUGCUCGGCCCGUGCACGACGGGAUCUACAGAGCCAUCGACAUCUAUCUCAAGGAGCAUCCAAGCACCGGCAAAAGCGAGAAGAAAAAGCUGUGCAGAAUGAUGGACUGCAAGAAGCUAUCGAUGGAGGCUUGCAUGCACGCGGCACAAAACGACCGCUUGCCACUCCGCGUGGUCGUCCAGGUGCUCUUCUUCGAGCAAGUCCGCGCGGCCGUGUCCGGGGGCCUCAUUCUCAACGACAUCCCAAACAACAUUAAGGCGCUGCUACCGGCACAGGACGACAGCAUCGUGGAGGCGAUGCAAUCGUCGAGCACCACCGACGACAACUGGGACGCCGUCCACCACGACUUCAAGGCGCUCAAGGGAGAUCUGGCCAACAUGAAGCAGCGGAUUGCCGAGGCCGAGAGGGAGCGGUCGCAGAUCGAAGUGGACGUGAUAAAGCAGGGGAGCAACAACAGCACCGCCAAGUCGUCGUCCAAGCGGCUCUUCUCGGGCUCCAGGAAGAUGCUGACCAAGUUCUUUAGCACCAAGCUGGGCAACUCGGAGACCACGUCCAAGAGCUCGGACAGCUCGCGGAGCUCCGGUAGCCCCGUCUCGGGGACCGUUUCCAGCGGCAAAACGUCCGUGGCUCGCAGAUAGCAUUAUGCAAUUUAAAUUACAAAAACCAGAAAUAAAUUAUGUUCUACUAGAUAUAUGUAAAAUUACAAUCUAUGGCGUGCUAUUUGUA